CAGUCCAUUAGGUGGCGGCAGGUGGUGCGGGAUAUUGAUAGCGGAAGAAAAAGAUUUUGGCGCAUGCGCCUUCCCCCCAGUAGCGUGUAUUAAGUAGACGUUAGCAGUGCAAAGUACGUGGCAGAAAACUUUCGACAUGGAGGUAGCUGCACUCUUCGCAUUGACUUUAUUACUGGGUGCACUAGUUAUUCUGGUCGCAUUAGCGGUGGGCAGGCGGAAAGAAGAAAUAAGAGAGGAAAUAGAGCAAGCGGCGGAGUUUGCCGCUGAAGGCAGCGUUGUGAAGGGCCUUGCAUCAAAGAAACCAAAGCAGGAGAAGCAGCGCAGCCGUAAGGAUAAAGCUUUACAGCACACUUUCAGUCAUCCCCUGUUGGCAGCCUCACUGAAGAGCCACAGUGCAAACGUGACAUGCCUGGAUUUCAGCAGUAACGGGAAGUACCUGGCGUCGUGCGCUGACGACCGCACCGUCCGGAUCUGGAGCACCAAAAACUUCCUGGAGCGAGAACACAAGUGUCUGAGGGCCAAUGUGGAGCUGGAUCACGCCACGCUAGUCCGCUUCAGCCCGGACUCCAGGGCGUUCAUCACCUGGCUGGCCAACGGCGACACCAUUCGAAUCUUCAAAAUGAUCAAAAAGGAAGACGGCACUAUGACUUUCAAAGCUGCCUCUGAGGACUUUCCACAGAAACACAAGGCCCCCAUCCUCAACAUUGGCAUCGCAGAGACAGGCAAGUUCAUCAUGAGCGCCUCCACCGACACCUGCAUCCACAUCUGGGACCUGAAAGGAGAAGUCCUGGCCUCUAUCAACACUAACCAGAUUACCAAUUCUUAUGCUGCCGUCUCCCCAUGUGGCAGGUUUGUAGCGUCGUGUGGCUUCACUCCUGACGUGAAGGUGUGGGAGGUUUGCUUCGGGAAGGGAGGAGAGUUCAAAGAGGUGGCGCGAGCUUUUGACCUGAAGGGCCACUCUGCAGGAGUUCACGCAUUCGCCUUCUCCAAUGACUCUCACAGAAUGGUGACCGUCUCCAAGGACGGUACGUGGAAGCUGUGGAACACAGACGUGGAGUACAAAAAGCAGCAGGACCCCUACCUGCUGAAGACGGUACCCUGCGUGUCAUCUGAAGGUAGCCGGGUGGCCUUGUCUCCAGACGGCCGGGUGGUGGCCAUCAGCGACGGCAGUAACCUGGCUCUGUACAACGCCGCCAGCGGGCAGCUGGAGGAGGAGCUGCACGGCGUCCACAGCGAGGAGAUCAACGAUCUUAGAUUUGACAUUAACGGGCGCUUCUUGGCGUGCAGCGGCGACAAGGCCAUCCGAGUGUUUCACAAUGCCCCGGGCUACCGGGCAGCCAUCAGAGACAUGCAGGACAUGCUGAAGAAGGCCCAGAACGAGGCCAUGAAGCAGAGACUGCAGCAGCAGAUCAGAGAGGCUCAGAGCACGCUGGACACUGUGCUGGCUGCUCCUAGCGACUGAAAGAGCCCCAAGAAACUACGCUCUGAUCGGGAUAGUGUCUGACUGACUGCUAAUCUUUUUUGCAACCUCAACUCUCCCUCUGCCACUAAAUGGUCCGGGAAUCUUGAAAUCUGCAUGCAGUUUUAAUAAAGGAACAUCUUUUUAUGGAAAAAAAUAAAAUGAUUUGAGUUCAGA